AGAGAUACCAAGGUUGCUCUGCCACUCUGUGGGGUUGUGCCUGUGGGCCAGGUUUGUCAGGCUCCUGUAGCGACUGCGCUGGUUGACUGCCUCCAGUAGAUUCCACGAAGAUGUCAUCCCAGAGCCAGACAAGUCUCCUUCAUAAGCACAUGGGCGUCUUGUUCUCCACCAUGUCUUCCCUAGAACUCCUUCGUUCCUUGGACUCUUUUGAUGCAAGAGAAGAUGACAUAUUUCUGGUUUCCUACCCCAAAUCUGGCACCCACUGGGUGGCAGAGGUCCUCGAGAACAUUCCCCACGCCGGGAUUACUCUCACGUCUCCUAUCGAACUGGGAAACAUUUCUAAAUUUGAAGAGCUAAAAAUGGUUUCUAGGAGAAGAGUUAUCCCAACCCAUCUGAACUAUGAAAUGCUUCCUGUGACUGUUAAACAGAAGCAGUGUAAGAUCAUCUACGUUGUCAGAAAUCCGAAAGAUACAGCUGUGUCCCUGUUCCACUACUACAGGGACAACCCCAACCUCCCUUCCCCGGAAACGUGGGCUGCGUUCUUAGAGCUGUUCAUCAAAGGAGAUGUUGUGUAUGGUUCCUGGUUUGAUCACGUUCUGAGCUGGGAAGAACACAAAAAAGAUGAAAACGUUCUCUUCCUAUUCUACGAAGAAAUGAAGAAAGAUUUUGUUAAGAGCCUAAAGAAAAUAAGUGCUUUCCUUGGCAUCAGCGUGACUGACAGCGAGAUGAGUAAGAUUGCCCGGCAUACAUCGUUCAGUGAGAUGAAAAGUAACGCUGCCAAGGAAAACUGCGAUCCUAAUCAUGUCAUCUGUGCCCUCACGCCCAACAGGAACCUGGUGUUCAGAAAAGGAGUGGUGGGUGAUUGGAUAAAUUACUUCACUCUGAAGCAGAAGAGAGUCUUUGAUGAACUAUUCACAGAGAAGAUGGAAAGCAGCGAAGUGGGAGGACGCUUGAAGGAGUAUGUGUAGUGCAGGUGGGAAGUGAGGCUGCUCUCCGCUCUCCGCAGCACGGCGCCUCGCAAGCAUUAAGUAUUCUUUACUGAUGCGGAAAGCAGCUAUUUCUUUCCACAAGAAACUCACAGUUCAAGAAUGUGUCAAACUCAUAGUUCAAGAAGAGGGAGACUAUUAGCGUUGCAUUGGUGACAGCAGAGAAUGAUUAGUAGAAGAAGGCAUAAAUUCUCCAGGUGCUGAACUCUGUGCCCACUCUCUGUGUUCAGAGAAGACAGGGGUAGCUCCUAUACAGGGAAAGCGCCUUACUGCCAAUCCCUCAUGAGCUGCCCUGGCAAGGAAAGGAGGUGGCAAUUCAGUCCCAUGCCUGAGAAAAUUUUAUUUUCUGCUACUUAGACAAUCCUGGCCUGUAUCUCAACAUUUUUAAUCGAGCAUUUCCAAGCAUCCAUGAGAAAUAGUUUCCAAAAUCACAAUAACAACAGACAGCAUCGCAUCAAGCUUGAAACGCCUAACAGCUGGAUCCUAUCGCUCACCUGGGACCUCGAAGAGUGAACAUGGCUGCACAUGCCUGCAUUUUCUUACUGUUCCCCCAAUUAGCUUAUAAAUUUUCUCAUUUUCUCAUUUCAAAAUUGAACUUUUCUCUUAAAAUUUUUUGGUGCCUCUGAUUCUAUGUAGUAUUUUGAGUUUGCAUGCUUUCUUCCAGACUCCCAGCGCUAAUCCAGUCUCUACAGCUGUCGUAAGGUGUGUUAUCCUAUGGUCGCCACUAGAGGGCACUGUAAUGAAAUCUGAAUUUACUUCAGUGGUCACUGUUCACUCAGGUCUCAGCACAGCUCACUUCUGCUACAGAAUCCUAAGGCUUUCGGGGAAGUCAGAACUGUACUGUGUAUAGAUAGCUCCUAGUGCUGAGCUCAGAGCAAGAGGUUGACUUGCUAAGUUCAAGUGAACUCUUUGAUCUUCAUACCCUAGAUGUAAGUGUUGUGUCAAAUCUGUUGGGGUUUUUUGGGUGUAAGCUUAUAAUUCAACAAGACGUCCAGUUUGCGUAGAUCUCCUGUACACACGCACUUGUUAUCAAUAAAGAGCAUUUUUUUUGA